AUCUGUCCCUGGGCUCUACCGCUGGAAAGAAUCGCCUUCUGAAAACGUGCAGAAACUGAUAGGGUUGCUUAAGCCCUAAUUACGGGACGGAUCGGAACGGCUCUUCUGAUUGAAUAACUCCUCGUAGGGAUUUGGGGCUCGGGUAACCUUAAAGGGAAGUCAGGAUGGCUCGGUGGCUCGUGUUACGCUUCUGAGUCGUUAAUGUGUUGAGUGCUUAACUGUCCUUUGGAUCGUAGGGAACGGCAGUUAACUUAGAAUGAUACCGUAGGCAUCCAAACGUUCUUGUCAUGGGAAAGCAAUGGGGAAAGCCUCUUGUCAGUUCACCGUAGUGUCUUUCCUUAACGCGAGCAGUGAUUUCCUCGAAUGGAAUGGCACCGUGACUAAAAGUUGCUGUGAUUUAAUUGAUUAAAUCCAAAUUUAAGCAUUUCUCUUUAUUUUUAACCGGGAAGCUGUAUGUAGAAAUGCACAAAAAUGCUCCUGCCACGUGGAAAGGAGUUGGAAGUGAUUCCAGCGACUUCUUUUUAGAGAUUUUAGGAAUAUGAAGGGUUUUGUUUGUUUUCCUCAGAGGAGACAGACGUGGGAGGGGGAAGGGCUGUGUAGGCUUUCACGUGAAGUCACAGUGUUGGACUUGUGCAGAUUUUUUCAGUAGCUCACAGUUGCUAAUGUGGGAAGUUCUAGAGUGGUAAGUGGACCAACUAAGAAAUAGACUGGGUUUCUUUCAUGGCUUGCUUUUAAGUUACUUGUCAGUAGGCAGAACAGACAGAAACUUUGUCUUUAGAAAAGCAUAAGAUCACUUUGGUGAGAGAAAGAUUAAGAAAGAGUGCUUUCCAGACCUUCUCUAAUAGCGGUAAAGCUGAAAUCGCUACUUUAUCUCAGGCUGAGAUCAUAUUCAAGAUUGGGAAUACUUCUCUAGGAGUUUAGUGAGGUGUUUGAGCUUUAGUGCACAGUGCUCAAACACAGUAUGAUGGUUGUUGACCACCUAAAACUUCAAUAUGAAGGUGUAAGUUUACGUUCUGUGGUUACUCAGCUGUCCCUUCUGAAACAUCCAGGAGAUGAAGAUUUUUUGCUCUCACCUGACUGUAGUUUGAAUAGCAUCGUAUGUAUGAUUUGUGGCCUUUGCCUUGUAGAUGGUUCUGCUCGUGAUACGGAGUGCUUUGGUUACAAACGUGUUUUUACCUGUUACAGGAAUUCUUUGCAGAAUGCUCUCAGUCUUCCAUCACCCUGAGUGUAGUAAAAUGUGCAAAGCCUACUUAAAGUUUACUUUGUAAUGGCCUUCCACUUCAGUUCCGCUGUAAAUAAGUUGCGCUCUACUUCCUACUGACAUCUGAACUGCUUCUUCAGUGCAACAGUUUGUAUGAAUGAAUUUUAAAGUGGUUAAUCUGCCAAACUGUUGAAGAGGAAAAUAGCUUUUAUACAUAUCAGAACCGUUCUUAUUGUCUUUAUUGGCCUAUUUUGCAGACUUGGAGAUAUUGUGCCUUCUGUAGCCAUAAAUUUCAGAGCUUUCUAAUGUGCAUGUUAUGUAAAGAACACUUCAGAACAAGGACUGGUUCAUGGCUUUUCAGCAGUGUGGGCACACUUUAUUGCAUCUGUAUGUACCUACCUUACCUGGAAGAGUAGUGAGCUCGCUCUGAGAGGAUAUGAGCAUGGUGAUUAUUUUUAAGCCAGCGGUGAGGCUACAGGUACAGCUUACAAGCUGUGAAUAUCUCUUUCUGGCUCUGAGGGUUGAACCAAACAUGGCUGGUUCCUUUGAAUAGGAAGUUGGCUGUAGUCAUAAAACAACAUGGAGGACUGCAGCUGUUGGAAGGUGGACUUUUUUGUCUUAGUUUCCUAAAGUUGCUGCUCUGCUGUCCUAUGCGGUUAUCCAUCACAUCUCUACACCUAGGCUAGACAGCUUGCCGGAGGCCUAGUGACUGUUGGAGGGACUCUCUAAGGUUGAAUGUGCACGAUCUGUAUUUCAGUAGUCCAUACCAGAUCCAACCAACAGUUCCUCUCUGUGAGGAGGAACUAUUUUGUUUGUUUGUUGUUGUUUUUUAAAGCCUGUUGCUUCUAGAGACAUACUGCUUUCCUACAGCUCAUAUUUAUGGCACUUCUGAUUGUUUCUCCAACUGAAAAUCUUAAAAGAAGCUAAUUAAACUUAACCAAAUGUGGAAGUUGUCAUUUUUAGGCUGGCAGAAUUGUUGACCGAUAUGACAAAGGAUGAUCAAAAUACCGUGUUUAAUUAUCUACGAAGUAGGCAAAAUUAAAAUAUAGUUGAUGUUAGAUGCAGCUGUGAACAACUAUGCAUGCAGCCGUAGGCAUGUGAAUAUCUGCAUGUUACAUUUGUGUAUGUAGUGCUAAAGUGAAUAUUUUCUUCCAUUUUCUUUUUAUGGAGUAAUGCUUUCUCACAGAUUAUCUUGAUGAAACACUGGUGUUCCCUUCUUCUUCCCCAGGAGAACACACAGGUUGAGUUUUCACUUUUUGGGUAUUGGAAUGCAUUCAUUAGGGAUUAUUUGGUCCAUCUUCCAUAAAGGAAAUUUGUGUCUGCUUUUGGUGUAUUUGUGGUUGAGGAGGUUUGAGGAUAACUUGGCAUUGGGUUACCAUGUGACAUGUGGAACAACCAGUGUGCAGUGUCCACCAUCACAGCGAAUGUGCUCGGGUAAUGUUUUAAUUUGGUUCUGUGGCCGGUGGCAUUCUUACAUGUCUAAGAUUAUUUCAUAUUUUUUCACUUCCAUGAUAUCAAGUAGAAUGCUGAAGAAGUUUUCUAGAAGCAGUUUUCUGAAGCCCAGUGCUGUUGUAAACUGCAGUAUCUGAUCACUUCUAGGUGCUAGCAAUAAUGUCUGUCUUAGUGCACUUGAUGCAAGGAUUGGCAAGCUCCCACUAAAAUGCACUUGCUGUGUCUUUAAGUACCACUUAACUGUGCAUCUUCCUUCAGAGGUAGUAUCUGUCAGUUAGUUAACCUGGCUGAUGCUCUUAGCGUUUGGAAUUAUUGCUGGGAUCAAGUGAGUUAACGCUUGUAUUCCUGCUGGGCUUUUGUUUGACUGGCAGCACUAACAACAAAGAUAUAUCCAGAUGCUGAUGGAUUUCAAGUCUUCACAUAAGUCUGUCCAUACCAUUAGCAGCAACAGUGCUGCAGCAGUGAAGACUUCUUUCUACCUUUGGUGUGCCACAGGAGAAGCAGAGAACUUGAAAUGGAAUUGAGCCAUAAUAGUACUCAGUGGCUGUGUUCUCAGGGACAAUCUCAAGACAGAUGAGCAGUGUUAGUCGGUCUGCUUGAACAAAUUACUUGGGUGAUGGUGAAGAUCCAGGAAGGAGAGAGGAGGAAAUACUCUGCUUUCUAUACAGCCACAGAGUAAGUGCUUCUGUGCAGUUUAGCUUUUCUUGAUUGUUCUUAGUUUGCUACUUGUGACACAAAAGGUGGUGGCCCCUGUGGGCCGAUAGGUGUAACAAAAGGUCAUUGCAGGUCCCAUGAAACAAUUGGAGAAAAGCUGUCUGUUAGGUUCUGAACUCACUGGGAUUUCAAGAUGUUGCCAAAUAAAGCUAUCUGUAGCAAAGAGGGUAAAGUAUGUCCUUCUCUCUAGAUCAAUGUAAUUGUGAUUUUCAAUAGAUUUUCAAGCUCAGGUCUGCUUUUCCCUCUUUCGUGGCAAAUAGUUCCUGUUACAUUUUGUCUGUCGCUAUCAGCAUUAAGGAAACCUUCUCACACCCCUUCUUCUAUUCUUGGCUGUGUUUUUCUAGCUUGUUUUAGCUAUCUUGAAAGUGAUCACUGAGUCAGAACCGUGAAAGCAAGUGAACAGUAAUUGGAACUGCUUACUCCCCAUCUGUCUUACUACUUCUCAAGUGGCACCUAAUGCGUUGUUCUACAAAUACUGUAAGAGAUUUUCUGCAAAAUACAGUGGUGCUCAAAACCGUUUCAAUUGUCAUGAUAAAACCUCUGCAAGCUCUUUAUUUUUACACCGUUUCCCAAAAGUAAAGCAUUUCUGGUGCAAGAUUCAUAAGAGGUCUUUGACCUAUGCUUAUAAAAUACUGUUAUUCAAAGUGAAAAGGAGCUUGAGAGCUGUGUUUUUGACAUCAUAGCUUUCACAUAAUGUUCUUCUAAGAGUAUGCUUCUGUGAGGCAAAAUGCAUGUUUGAAUGGCCACGUUACUUUCUUUGUCUUUUUGAUUUGCUUUUAAAUCAAUGUCUGAACACUUUACUUCUAAGCUGAAAUUAUUUCUUACAGAACACAGCUUUUCAUAGCUACUAAAAGAGCAUGUGGUAUCACUAAAGGCUUUAUCUGAUCUUUAAAAUAAAAGAACAGCAGACUUUUAAUGGGGGACUCGGUUCUGUAUAGUUUUAACAAGAGUGAGGGUAUGGUUCUGUGCAAUCUUUUGCAGUGCAUGUUCCCAUUGAAGUAAAUCCAUAAAAUGCUACGUUACCCUGUGGGUUACAUAACUCUAUUAGAGGGAUGCCAUUCAGUUCACAGGAGACCAGCAUUUAGAAGCUGAGAAAUAAGACUGCCAUGAUGUAGAUGAAAGAAAAGAAAAAUGAUAAUCUGUAAUUGGACAACUGCAUGCUUCUCCCUUUCUUUUGUGGAUCAAUAUAAUUUUUCUUACCUCCUACCACUAUGAUUUUGCUGUUGUGUUAGCUUUAGCGUGAAUUCAGUCUUACACUGUCUGAAUGAAUUUUGCCAUCAUUUUUCUUUCCACGGCUGAAAGGCCUUAGCUUUUACAGUUCUCACUGUCUUGGCAAGGUCUUCUUAGUUCAUCUCCUGCAUGCCUGCUGCUAAAGUCCAGCUCCUUGGGUGUGUUCAGGAUGUUGUUAAGAAACAUAAAGAUGUCUUCCUGGUUUCUUUAGCAUCAGAGAAGUGAUUGCAGCAAGUCCUGCUGUGUUACCAUAGCAUUGGCUGAAGUAUGCUCAUUCAUCUUGUGGGAAUGUUGCAUGUGCAGUGUAGCAAUGGGACAGGAACUUCAAGUUAGUAGUGUAUGCUGAACACGGAUCUAGUUUAUGGGGGAAAAGUAAAUAGAAUCACUAACAAAGUUUGCUUGAGUAAAUGUAGACUUUUUUUUUUUCGAGGUUAUUGACAUGGCUGGGUUUGGAAGAGCUGCUUGUGUGGCAAGAAUAUUCUUGGCCUCAGUGACCUACUGCCGCAUAUCUGCUCUCUGGUGGAAAGCAUGGAAAUAUUGAUGUUUCCAAGUGGGUGGGAAAAAAGCACGUUUUAACUGUUCUUGGAAACCUCUGAGCCAUUUCUGCUGGCUCUGAUAUGUAAUGCUAACCCUUCUAGGUGCAGAAGUGUACGUGUGACUAAAGAUCUUCAGCAGCAAGAGACAGGCUCACGAGUUUGUGCUGUUUUGGUUUAGUUGUUUGAGCUAUAUGCACCAUGACUGUAGCAUCCAACCUGCAAUUAGUGCUUGUUAUUUGUAAAUCUCAAUUUCACACAACUUAAUCACAGGCUACUUAGAAGAAACUCCUUAGUGCUGACUUUGUGGGAGAGUGUUAUGUGGCCUAUUUCCUAUUGUUUGUUUAUUUCUGUUACGUGUAUCACUGUGAUGCUUGAGUGUUCUGUCAGCAGCAUAUGGAACAAGUACAGUGCUUAUUGCCUUGUAUUGAAAGUAAUAGUUUUGGAAAGCAAAAUGGAACAGUCUUAACUUCUGUGAGUAUACUUUUCAUCAUCUUGUAUUAGUCUUCAGAACCUUCUGUUCAUCCUCACUACUCUAAAUGUACCUGCUUCUGCAUGUGGGCAAUUAACUGUGGCUCCAUGACACACAUUAAACCCAGUGAGCAUUUGUCCUGUCUUUAGAGCUGUUAUGGGCCAAGCUGUAAAUUUCUGUAAAGAUUAGGGGUUUGUCUUUGAUUCAGAACACUUCUGGAAAGCAGUGUUACGAGUGGCAGUUUUAUUGCAGCAGCGUUAUUCCAAUGCCUAGAGAAGCUCUGUGGCUUUGUCCUCAGUACUUCUUCAUCCUCGAGAGCUGCCAGAGACUUGACUAUAACCUAGAUUGUUGCCUGUCAGAGCAGAAAGGGGGUUUUCUCACAAACCUGAGAAGUUUGGCUGAAGAACCAGAAGGGAUACAGAAGGGAACCUCCGAAUUACAGGUUAGGUAUCAGCUGUGAAUAUAUACAUCAAAUAAAAUGAGACUGCGGUGUUACAACUUCCAAAAAUAUGUAUUUUUUCCUUGCUGGCUGACAAGCCUAGCUACAUUUAGUUCUUAGCCUGUGAGGUAGAUUUACCUAAGCGCUGGUCAUCUUGGUUGACAGUGGUCACCUUGAAUGUACCAGUGGUGUAGAGUUGGCACUUCUCUAACAUCAUGAGCUUCCUCAUAAAAUGAGGCUCAGCUGUGUGUGAUAGCACAGCUAUAGCACAGUGUAUAGGGUCACUUUCUUCAGUGUGUAUUUGACAGAUAUCUGACAGAGAAUGAAUAUCCCUGUGUUUUAGGGAUUUUAGUCAAACACGAUACCUUUCCUACCUUGCAGAAACGCCAGUCUUCAUGUGGAUUGUCCCAGUAGCUAUGUUGAUGCUUGUGAUUCUGAUGAGCAGCACCGCCUGAGCUCCAGCAGGCUUGGUGCCAUGACCAGUGCCCUGGGGAGCCCAUUCCAGUUCCCAACUGAGUUGGCCAUACUGGUGUUUCCUUCUAGCAGAGAAAGUUUGACAGGAAAGUCUUAGCUAUUCCAGCACCUUGCUGCUGUCUGAAGAAACAGUCCUGUUUUAUCUUUUCACUCACCCAUUCUGUUCUUUGCUGUUUCUUUGGCACGUCUGGCUCUUAGCUAGCUGAGCCUGCUCACCAUCACUGCUGGUAAGAAACAGAACUGCUUCUUUUGGUGGCAGCCAGCUUUAGAUUAACUGUCUUGGAUAAUUGGAUCCUUAGAGGGUUUGAUGGACUUUUUAAAUCUGCAGUGUCUCCUUGCCUGAAUAGCUCUGACUCUUUAGAAUCUGGGUCUACAUGAAUAGACUUAAACCACCUAUAGAGAAGAGCUGUUUCUUCAUUGGAUCUGGUUUCUUUCUUUCUCUUUGUGUUUGUUGGUUCUGUGACAUUCCACUUGUGAAUGAAAGCAAGGUGCAAAUUGAGCAGACAAAAAGUAAAGACCCUCUUUAUAAGGGUCUUUGAGUGUGUCUGUUGGUUCUGUUCUUAGCAAGUUCUACAGAAAGGAAUAAAUCCAGGAGAAGUGCUUCCAGAUUCCCAGUUCAGUCCUCAUUUAUUGAAGGGCAAACAACAUUACUGUGGUGUUACUUGAAACAAGUCAGCCUUUCAACUUCAGGCAACUUAUAAGUUUUUCCAAAUAAAAGAGAACUGAAAGUUCUUGAUGUACACUUGGAAACGCCCAGUAGACUUCUUUUUGUGGGAAUAUGUGUUGUGAUGGAUUAAGUGAUGCAAGUAGGUGAAAAGCUUUUAAAACGUUCAGCUGUCCCUGGAAACACCAUUUCCUCAGUCCAUCUCUAGGAUGGUACAGAGCUUCCGGCAAAAGUUCUUAAGAUGUUCAUCAGCAGUUGGACUUUGGCCUCCCAAUGGUCCCCAGAUUAUGACUACGUUUUAUAAGAAGAUGAGGAACAAAAAGCAGUGUAUUCAAGAUACAGAGGGUCAAAAGCAUGAAGGCAUGGAAGGUGAAGAAAUGGAAGAAAGCUGUUCCUGUUCUACUUUAUUACAUGACGGUGACACAUGCCCCAUCUGUCUGAACUGCCUUCUGGAACAGGAGAUUGGUUUUCCUGAGAACUGUAGUCAUACUUUCUGCAUGACUUGUAUUCUUAAAUGGGCUGAGACGCAGGCUUCAUGUCCUAUUGAUCGCAGACCGUUUCAAGCAGUAUGUCAGCUUGGUGCAUUAGAAGAUCAGAUAAAGAUUCAGGUAGAAAAACAGCAAAAGAGAAGGAAAGAGGAGGAAUACUGUACCUGGAAUAAGGAAAAAUAUAACCAUGCAAAGAUGAGAAGAUUCCUGAGAAGAGCUGUAUGUUCAGACAGAGGGCCCUUAGCAGCAAAAUUGAGGAAAGCUGUGAAGAAGAAAUACAGUAAUAUUUUGUCUGACAAACAAAGCAAGAAAGCUCUGUCUGCAAAGGUAAGCAAGACCAGAAGACAGACCUGCUGGAAUGAGUGCUUCAGGACUAGUUUCUAUAGUACGCUUCCAGCCACUGGUAGCAAUGAAGAAUCCUUUCUUAGCUGUAGAAAUGACUGUACAGAAUUCACAGAAGUCAAUGCAAUGAUCAGGCAGAAGAGAGAAGAACUGCAAUUGUCCUGUUCAUCAAUGCUUGCUAGAGCUGAAAGCAUUCCUUUAGUGUCUUAUGGAGUUGAAGCUGAGACCUUUCUUCUCACUUCUACUACGGUGGCAGGGGCAGUUCUUCCAACAAAUAUCAGGCCUUUGGAAAACUUUGAAUCUUUAGGAAAAGGAUACGCUGUUGCGUGUGCCCAAGAAGGAGAAGAGAAAAAGCAAGCAUCAGGUUCAUCUGGCACUAGGGGAGCUAGAAGGAAGUCUGUUAAUACUACUCCUAGAAGAAGGUCUGCACGGAACACCAAAAAUGAGACUCUGAGUCAGUCUCGGAGCUCACCUCGGUCAAGCAGUUCUGGGUGCAGUGCUCCUGAUGGCAAUAACCCACCUCUGAAUAAAUCCUCUACAGAAUCAGAGAACGUUCUUCCAAAACGAAAAACUAAAAGAAUAGGUAAACAGCGAACACCUUUGGCUAAAAAGAAACUGAGAAGUUCUGCACGUUCCGAAAAAUCAUCCAGUGAUUCAGUGGAUGAUGAUGAUGAUGAUGCAGAGUCUGAAGUAGUUCUAACAAUAGGUAAAGAUCAGCAGUCAGAUAACGAAAGCAGUAGUGCAAACCUUCCACAGAAAAAUGAUGCAGAAACAGAGUCUGCUAAUGGAUUGGAAAGCUGUAACGAACAUGCAGAAAUUGAGGAAGCUACAAGAGAAUGUGAGGAAGAUACUUCAGGCAGCGGAGAUGUAAGUUUUUCUGUCCAAGAAUCUACAGUAUUGACUUUAGGAGGAGAAGGUCAGGAAUUUGAAAGAAAAGAUCUUAAUGAAAAAAAUGUAGAACUUGAGAAUCAGGAUGCCUGCGAAAAUACUCUUGAACAAAUGGAAACAGUGACUAGUCCCAGAGACAAACUGUGUGACCAUGCUACAUGUGAAAAUUCACACAAGACGUUGUGUAGUCCUCAGGAAGAAUUGCUUGAGAAUAUAAAUACUUUGACAAAAAUACAUCAACCAGUAACUAGUCCAGAAAAUGAAUUACUGGAACAUCCAGAGCCUUUGGAACAAGAUCAGCCAUUAGAGAGCCCCAGAAGCAAAUUGCAUGAGCAUACAGAAACCAUAGAAGUAGAUGAUGCUAAGGCAGAUGAAAAGACAGUAGUGGACUGUGCAAGUACAAAUACUGAAAACUUUAAAAGUGAUAAAGACAAGGAACCAGAUAGGUUAAUACGCAAUGCUUCUACAGACACAUCAGAGCAAGCCUUAAAAGAAAGCCCAGUGCCAGAGGGUGAAGAGAACAGAACUUCAGAGUCAGUGAUGAUAAAUGCUGAACAUAAGCAUUUUGGUGAGGAUAACAAUGAAAUGAUACCAAUGGAUUGUGACUCAUUUUGCAGUGACCAGAAUGAACCUCAGAUUCAACAGUUGCCAGCAGCUGAAAGUAUAGAGCAGGGAAAAAUAGACUCCUUACAGUGCAAUGCAGCAAACUCUACAUCAGGUUCAGGAUUUUCUGAUGAAAAAGAUGAAACUGUUCGCCAGGAAGGGGAGUGUCAGUCAGAACCCAAAAAAGACAAAAAGACUCGAACGAGACGGUCUCGAUUUCAUUCACCUUCAACAACUUGGUCUCCUUCUAGGAGAGAUGGUAGGAAAUCUCAGUCACCAUCUCCUAAAAGGGAGAUCUCCAGAGAGAGGAGUUCCCGAUCACCCAAGAAGGAAAAUGCUGGGGAAGGAAGGAGAUCCUUAUCUCAGUCUCCAAAAAGAGAGACACUCAAAGAUGAGAGAAAAACACCAUCUCGAUCUCCCAAGAGGGAAACUGUCAGGGAAAGCAGGAGAUCAUCUUCUCGGUCAAGAACAAGGGAUUCAUCUCCGAGACAAAAAUCUAGAUCUCGAAGCAGUGAUAGGGAUUGUCAGAGAAGGGAUCGUGACAGAGAGAGAAGAAACAGGAGAUGGUCCAGGUCCUGGUCCAGGUCCCGGUCACGAUCUAGGUCAAGAUCACAAUCAAGGACGAGAAAUAAAGGUUCUUCAUUCUCUAGAAAUGAGAGGGAUGGUCAUUCACCUCGUUGGAAAGAUAGAUGGGCGAACGACAGCUGGAGGAGUCCCAGAGGAAAUGAUCGAUACAGAAGAAGCGAUCAAGAGAAACAGAAUGAGAGUGCAAAGGAGGACAGUACAGAAAAAAACAGUGAUGCUCAGUGUUCUCCAGACAAGCGAAGGAAUGAUUGUCCAGACUGGGUAAUGGAACGGAUAAACUCCAUUCCUGAGGUCAAGAACAGAGAUAGACCUCAUUGGGAAGACAGCAGACAUGAUAAUUCAGGACAGUCUUGGAAUAAAAACUUUGGUUCAGGUUGGAUUCCAAACAGGGGGAGAGGUCACCGUGGCAGAGGUGGGCGUGGAAGAGGUGGUUUCACAUAUGGAGACCUGAGUGAAAAUCACUGGCAGAGUAGAAAACCUCUCUCAGGGAACUCAAAUGGUUCUGGGAAUGAAACUUCAAGGUUCUCAGAGCAGCAGCCAUACAAGCGUAAGAAUGAACAGGAUUCGUUUGAUACGCCUGCUGAUAGAUCUGGGUGGACGUCUGCAUCCAGCUGGGCUGUAAGAAAGACUUUACCUGCUGAUGUGCAGAACUAUUAUUCAAGAAGAGGACGAAAUUCAUCAAGCCCACAGUCUGGAUGGGGAACUAGACAAGAAGAAGAGACACUUGAACAAGAUCCAAACCUCAAAGACCAAGGCAACCAGCAAAGUGAUGGUUCUCAGUUGCCAGUAAAUAUGAUGCAACAACAAAUGAAUGUAAUGCCACAAGUGAAUGCACAGCACCAGCCUAUGAAUAUGUUUCCAUAUCCCGUGGGUGUCCCUCCUCCUAUGAUGAAUAUGCAACGAAAUCCUUUUAACAUCCCCCCUCCAGUGCCCAUGCAUCUCCAUACCGGAGUGCCUCUCAUACAGGUAGCUGCUCCCACAAAUUUGUCUCAGGGAUUACCUCCGCCUCCACCUCCACCCCCACCAUCUCAACAAGUCAACUACAUUGCUUCACAGCAAGAUGGAAAACAAUUGCAGGGUAUUCCAAAUGCUGCUCAUGUCAGUAAUAACAUGAGCACUCCAGUCUUGCCUGCUCCAGCGGCAGUCCUGGGAAAUGUGGGAACUGUUCAGGGACCAACUUCUGGCAGCGCGACGCCAUCGAGUCACAUCAAGGGCUCUAAUGCAGCUGUAAAACUGGGAGAAAACAAAGCAAGUGUAACAGUGGAAGCCAGUGCAGAUAGCUCGAAGAAGGACCAGAAAUUGCUAAUUCAGGAAAAAGCAGCACAAGAAGUCAAGCUGGCUAUUAAACCUUUCUACCAAAAUAAAGACAUCACUAAGGAGGAAUACAAAGAAAUUGUGCGGAAAGCUGUUGAUAAGGUUUGUCACAGCAAGAGCGGAGAAGUCAAUUCUGCAAAAGUGGCCAAUCUGGUGAGGGCGUAUGUGGACAAAUACAAACACUCGCGGAAGAAGAACGCGGAAGAGGCGGUCUCCUGUGAAAGGAAAUGAGGUCGUUUCAGGUUUUGAUUUCACUCUCUCUGCAAAGUGCAAUUUCAUCAUGAACCGUUACCUGAAAAUUGUACACGGCCGUGCUUUGAAGCUGGUUUUGAUCACGUUAUUUUUUCAGCGUAGUAUGUCGUGUUUUGUUCUAAAGAGAUACAGAUCUGCAGGGCCACUUCUUUAUUCCUUUUUAAGAGCGGGUGUCUAAAAAAGGAAAAGGCGUAAAGGAGAACCAUUAGGAAUGUACGCUUGUGUGGACAGUGAGAUGUACAGCAUUUUGACUCAAAUGAUGUGCAUUAAAUCAGAAAUUUGUCUGAAUCUGUUGAUUUUUGGACCAGGUAUGGGCAGUACAUCUCAGUGGUCAGACGAAAGGGGAAUUUUUUUGUUUCAGUUUCUCAAUGAUAGCGAAGAUGAAAUGAUGGAUUGCCCUGGCAGAUACUUGGAGUGGUACCCGGACAGGCUGACCGCAGGGCUCACAGCAUGUAUAUAAAAAGCACAUGGAGUUGUCUGAACAGAACAGAACAACUGUUUGGAUUUUAAAAAGAAAAAUCAUGAACAGUACAACUCAGUGCCCAUCUCUUGUAACACCAAAUAAAAGUUAUGCUGCUUGGU